AUGGACCCCACCGCCGCCACCAGCUCCGGCGGCAACCCCGCCGACGCCGACGCCACCGGCCCGACCAACACCACCGUGACGCUCCCGCCGCUCACCCUCCGCGACGUGCCACGCCUCCCCUCCGCGCUCGCCUCCCCGACCCCGGCGGCGGCGGUCCCGAACCCCAUCUCGCGGCACCCCUACUUCCACCCGCCCGCCACCUUCUACAUCUCCCCAGGGGACGUCACCCUCCGCCACGCCUUCUUCGACAUCGCCUCCGCCGCGCCGUCCCCGCUCGUCGCCUACCGCCGCGCGGGGCCUCGCGGGGCACUCGCCGUCGACCCGGCCGCGGCGCGCGCCGCGCUCGUCACCUGCGGGGGCCUCUGCCCGGGCCUCAACACCGUGCUCAGGGAGCUCGUCGUCGGGCUCCACGAGCUCUACGGCGUCCGCCACGUCUUCGGCGUCGCCGCGGGAUACCGAGGGUUCUACGGCGCCGACGAGGAUCACGUCAGGCUGGACCCCGCCGCCGUCGACGGCUGGCACAAGAAGGGCGGCACCGUGCUCAAGACCACGCGGGGUGGCUUCGAUCUCGGCAAGAUCGUCGACGGCAUCGUCGCGCGCGGGUACACGCAGAUAUAUGCGAUCGGAGGGGAUGGAACCAUGAGAGGGGCUGUGGCUAUCUUUCAAGAGUUUAAACGCCGUGGUCUGAACAUAUCUAUUACUGGGAUCCCAAAAACUGUGGACAAUGACAUUGGCAUCAUAGACAGGUCAUUUGGUUUCCAAACUGCGGUGGAGAUUGCUCAGCAGGCAAUUGACGCUGCUCAUGUGGAGGCUCUUAGCGCUGUCAAUGGUGUAGGCCUUGUCAAACUUAUGGGAAGGAGUACAGGUCAUAUCGCUCUUCAUGCCACUCUGAGCAGUCGGGACGUUGACUGCUGCUUGAUCCCAGAGGUUGAUUUCCACCUGGAAGGUAAGGGUGGCCUUUUUGAGUUUCUGUAUGAACGGAUUAAGAAGAAGGGGCAUGCUGUCAUCGUGGUUGCUGAAGGAGCUGGUCAGGAACUGAUUCCCCGGACUGAUGAUCAGAAGCGAGAGCAGGAUGAGUCUGGCAACAUUGUGUUUCUUGAUGUGGGACCCUGGCUGAAAUCCGAGCUGGGCAGAUGGUGGAAGAGAGAACAUCCCAACGAACUGUUCACUGUGAAGUACAUUGACCCUACAUACAUGAUUCGAGCGGUUCCUGCAAACGCCACCGACAAUUUGUAUUGCACUUUGCUGGCGCAUUCCGCCAUCCAUGGAGUCGUGGCUGGGUUUACUGGCUUUGUACCUGGUCCAGUAAAUGGGACCUACAGUUACAUACCACUGGAAGAUGUCGCUGUGGCAAAGAACCCUGUCGAUGUGAAUGAUCACAAAUGGGCAUGGGUUAGAUCAGUUACCAAUCAGCCAGAUUUCCUGAAACCCAAGCAUAAUAUCUGA